AACACUACACUUUCCUCUUUAUAAACCCUUCUCUCCAUGAACCCUACCUAUCAAAUUCUCUUGUUAUCACCAUCAAAACUCAUCACAAUCUACCAUGAAUUUUGAGAUCGAAUACCCUUUUUCAUUUCAAUCUUCUUCUGCCAUUUUCCAAUCAUCAUCACCCACACCACCUAAUAAUAAUAAUAACCCUAACCUACUUUCACAUCCUUUAGUUCAUGCACAAUUUGUAGUUUCACCCAAAAGGAAAGGUGGGAGAAAGAAGUUCAAGGAAACGCGACACCCCAUUUAUAGGGGUGUCCGACAAAGGAAGGGAAAGUGGGUUUGUGAGCUCAGGGAACCAAAGAAGACCACAAGGAUUUGGUUAGGGACAUACCCUACACCUGAAAUGGCAGCUAGGGCACAUGAUGUGGGUGCCCUAGCAAUUAGGGGCACGUCAGCGAUUCUAAACUUUCCAAACUCAGCUUCUUUUCUUCCAAUCCUUAACUCCUCUUCACCUAAAGAUAUUCGAGCAGCCGCAGCAGAAGCUGCUGAGAGUUUCAGACCGAUCUCGCUUUCUUCCUUGUCCAAUUCUCGUAACAAGAAAACCGGUCGCAAAACUAACUGCAGGAGGGUUUGUAAAAAGGUUUCACCAAUGGAGGAAAAGACACCGGAAACAGUGUUGGACACGUCCUUGAAUAAUAACAUGCACAAUUUGGAUCGUGAAAAAUGUGAUGUUAUCAACAAUUGUGAUUUAUCUUCGACUGUGUUCUUCGAUGAGGAGGCAUUGUUUAACAUGCCUGGUCUCUUGGAUAGAAUGGCAGAGAGUUUAUGUCUUUUUCCAUUACCUUCAGUGGAUUAUUGGGAUGAUCAUGCUUAUUUCACAGACUUCAAUUUGUGGACUGAUUGA